CUUUCACUUUCCUACAUGGCUUCUCAAAACAUUCGGAGGAUAGAGUUAUUGCGACGACGUGCUCGAUCUGGAUCCCUCAAGAAUAUACAGGAAUUAUGCGCAGUAACAGACUCGCGGACAUUCGUGGCCCAUCUUCCUAUUUUCUUGAAAUUCUUAUCCGAAAUUCGUCCACCGCAAACAGACUUUGGGUUCAAGCCCGAAGAACACACUGAUUCUCUCAACUCGACGGAUCAAGUCGCACUUGCGCGCUUCGUUCUGUGGCAAAUAGCUCUUGGGCUACAGCCAAAACCAGGGACAAGAGUGACGGAGGAUAUCCCAUCCAUUCGUAUGCCAAUACGAAGAUCAUGGCCAAUCAUAUUUAGCUGGCUGUCAUUUUUCACCACAUCUUUUGUCGACUACGAUUUCAAGUCUUACGAUGACCUCCAACCAGAGACAGGGGUUACAUCCCUCCGAACGGUCGCUCAAUUAUUUUGCUUUCUUCUGAGCUCAAAGAUCAUUCGACCAGUGGAAUUUCGAUCUACACCUGGGGCAGCGGAAAUGAUGGUUCGUAUACACAUGUACGUUUUCACUAUUCGCUUUUCCCCCGACACCUCCGUUCAAAUGCCUGAUCGUAAAUCGGCUUUGGAGGCAUCAGAGUGUGGUCUGGUGUUUUCAGAUGGAAUUUUAGCCGAAUGGGAUGACUUUUGGGAAGAAAUUUAUGGCGAUGUUCUCUCAAAAUUAGUUCAGACUCGUCUCAGCACAAUUAUUGUUCGAACUCUAGCACAUUUUUCUCAAGAAGAACGGCUGAAUUAUCGGUUAUUGCGAAGCUGGUUCUGUGCUCUGACAAGUAUUCUAGCAUGGUCAGUAUCGGAACCAGUGUUCAAUGAGAUAUUGCACCUUCCCUCCAUCCGCUACACCUCAGUCAUCCUCCGUAGGCUCAGCGCAGACGCAUCCAAUCCGAACAGAACACUUACACCAAUCCAAGAGACGAGUCUUCAGGUUGUUUGGCGUUUUGCGUUGGAAUUUCUGUACGAAUCGUUCAAUUAUGGCGGUUACACAAGCAUCAUACCGGCUCUGAAAUCAGGUCUUCUUCUGACGCUUUGGAACUUGUCUCGGGCCGCGGAGGGUGAUCCCUGGGUUUUGCAUAGCAACAUUGCCUCGGACGAACUCUAUAUAAACCUUGUCAAGCUCAUUGCAGGUUCAUCGAUGUAUCGCAGUGUUCAGAGAUGCUUGGAAAAACCAUUGCAGACUUCGCCGUUCUCUGAUGUCGACAUCGAUCCUGUUGUUCCCAACAUGAGCCUCGCGACUUCGACUGUAUGGAGAGACUUCAAACUUCUAUGUGUAUCAAGAAUGCGACUGAGAAAUUAUUUGGAAACUAAAUAUAGUUUUUGCUCUAAUGAUAAGUGCACCACCAGCGGUCCUCGAGUUCGUCUAUGUAAUGGGUGUAAAAUAACCCUUUAUUGUGGGCUUUCCUGCCAAAAACAACAUUGGAGGAAUGGUCAUCGGGCUGAAUGUCUACAAUAUAUUAAAGAUGCUGAAGCCCAUCUACCUCGACCUGCACAAGAAAGAGAUUACAACAUCAUUGGAUGCAUAAUUCAAACAGAGUUAUGGGAAGAUCGGGAUCGCCUUUUACGAGAGCAAUCGAUGUAUCGUGACCAGCAUCUUGCUGACGACAGCGCAGUCUACAUCAAUCGUAUCGAUCUUACAACUUCCGAUGCACGAGCAAGCGUCUGGACCCUGGAAGAAGCAAAAGCGAACUCGGAAUGUGCUGAAGAAGAUUGGAAUUUCCUGAUUCAGGGAUUUCACACAAUGCUCAGACACCAGCAAAUUGAAGGCAACUCAGAGGAAGUAGGUCCUAUCAUAACUGCCAUAUUUCCGCACCCAGGUCAACCCAGCUAUAUGAACAUGAUCCUCACCAGGCCCAAGUUUGAAGACCAAAGUGACCUGUUGGACAAUAGUCCUGAACUGGAUCCUGAAACUGAAAUUCGAACGUCCGUGAUAGGGAAUAAUGUGGCCCGGGGACUCUCAAGAUUUCCUUCACUCCGGAUGGGGGAUGGGAGGUUCCUUUUUCCAGUACUUGGAGUGCAUGUCAAAGGUCCUAAACAGCAGAGAGGAUGAGAGUUUGUCUAUGCACAGGCGCACAUUUCUUCCUCAUCGACUCUCAUCUCGCCCAGCUCAUUGCAUCCUUCCCACCUGCUUUUUCAACGUUCAGGCCCCUCUUUGUUUCGAGCUUUGCAAAACUUCUGUGUGAGUCUCUCACUCGUGUAGAGCCAACCCCCGAUAUGAUAUAAGUAUCAUUGUCUAAGUAGCGGCGUAUCCAAGUUGGCUAUCCAACCCACAGUAUAUAUUCUUUACUUACGGAACAGCAGCCAUCAAU